AUGGCCCGCAAGUCACUGAUUGGGGUUCUUGGGAGCCUGUCCCGGCCAUCACUGAAGCUGUUGGUGCUACGUGAUGGGUACCAACUUGAUCAGGAUGAGGAGCUGGUGAUUGUGCACCUCCAGGAGCUGAACACCCGUUAUUUACUACAUAACCAAGCGCUCGUCAAGGAGCGCCAGGCGCUCCAAAAGCGCCUCGCCGAGAUCGAUGGCAAGAGGAAAGACCAAGACAAGCUAAUAUCGGAUCUACAACAACAGGUGAAUGACCUCAAAGGCCAGCUCCGUGAACUGCACCAGGCGAGCAUGGAAAUGCUACAGCGGUUCGAGCUGAUGAUGAGGGUGCAAUCACUGGAAGUGGAGCAGAUGAAACAACGGGCACGGCUUCGGGCGCAACUGCGUGGCCAAGCGUCGCUGCUGAGACUGUCGACGACGUCGAAACCGCUGUUUGUCAAGCCGCCCAAGCCAGUUUCGGGGCGGGCGCAGCUUUUACUAACAUCGCCCACCCAAGAAGAGCAACAAUGCUCUCAAGCGAGCAGCCCCAUGGCCGUGAGCCCCACUCACGGAAAGCGCACUACCACCCAACCAGCGAGGCGUUUGGAUAUUGAUACGGCGCCGUCGCCGGUGCGGUUUGGCUCGGAUGCCGUGAUUCUGAUGGAAGUGCUGUCCCACUUUUCGGCGCUGACGCCUAAGCGUCAACUGACACCGCCACUGCAAGCACACGAGAUGGGUUCGCCCCAGCAACGGCCGCGCCUCAAUCAGAGCGUCAGCCUGACGUCAAUUCUGGGUUCUCGCCAAAUCAUCCAAUCGCUUCUGAACUCCAUGGCGCCGCCAGAACAACUGCAGGCAACCUUACCAGCACCUAACAAGUCGGCAGAUUCAACGAGCACUGAUACCAAACCACCACUCGAAUCCUCUAAGGGUAGCGCCGCCACCGAUCGGCGCCCGCAUCGUCGGCGAACCAAACCAGUCAAUUACGCGCCGGUGCCGCUCCUGGCGAAGUUAAGGCGAUCGUCGCUGCUGAAGUUUGUCGACGCGGUGGGAGAAAAUGCCUUUGAGUACGUCAUCUCUACUCUGGGAACCACCACUACCGGCAAGCGCUCGGGCUCAGUGGCGCCUGAGACGGUCACCGAUACUACUACAUCGAAAAGCAUAAUCACUCGCGAGCGAGAAUCUCAACUGCCAGCAAUCACCGUUGAGGCCCAGCAAUACCCAGAAGGCAAAAACAAAGUCAGUUCCCGCGCCACGGCCAAGACGGCACCAGCGCUGAUUGACUGUGAUCGCGUCGAGCUGGAGAGCCAACAACUGCCUGACCGAGUCAGUGAUGAUCCUGAGUGGGCUCCUGAGGAUGCUGCCCCCGCAAAGCGCAAGACGCGUCGCCCUAAUAAACGUCCAGCCUUGGCGAACGUCACCAAUACUGCGCAGCUGGCGGCAGCUUCACCACGAGUGAAGCGUACUCGCGUGGCUCGGUCGGAGCCUGAUCCGUUUGCAUUUGAGGAGUAG